UGGGACUUUUUUCCAGAGAAUGUCUGUUUUAAAACCUUUUAGCAAACUUCCUAAUCUGGACACGGCCAGCAUCCUGCUGGUUGAGAAUGAGGAGCAGGUCCAGCAGGGAUUAGCAGAGGCUCUGGUGGAGGAUUCGGCCCAAGCUGUGAAUGUGAGACUAGCCAGGAGUCUUCCUCUUCCUCUGGAGAACGAAAAGACUCGACCGAGGAUCGACCUGGUGGUGUUCAUCGUUAAUCUGACCUCAGACAAGAGUUUCAAGUCAGCAAACGAGUCUCUAAAGUAUCUGGAUCCUGGAUACUUCCUGGGGAAAGUCUGCUUCAUGGUUACUAAAGCUCGCUAUGCCUCGGGCAACAUGGGAAGGCUGGACGCUGUCAGGAAGAUGGCCGCUUCGCUCCACUGCCCCCUGCUGUUUGCAGAGGUUCAGCAGAGUCCAGAAGGAGUAACGAAUGCGGCGCGAAGGCUGCUCACCAUCCUGAAAGUGGCAUCAGGUCUGGUUCCCAACACCUCGUCUCUGUACCUGUCCAACCUGACCAGGUGCACCAAGCCGCCGGACAUCGACCAGCCCAGCUUUGAUUAACUGCUCACCUGCUGUUUUCAUUUAUUUAUCAGGCCGUCUGUGUUAGCGGCUGCUCUGCCCGUAUGCGCAGCAGUGAAGAUGCUCUGCCUGCAGGCGCAGCAGUGAAGAUGCUCUGCCUGCAGGCGCAGCAGUGAAGCUGCACUGCCUGCAUGCGCAGCAGUGAAGCUGCUCUGCCUGCAUGCGCAGCAGUGAAGCUGCUCUGCCUGCAUGCGCAGCAGUGAAGCUGCUCUGCCUGUAUGCGCAGCAGUGAAGCUGCUCUGCCUGCAUGCGCAGCAGUGAAGCUGCUCUGCCUGUAUGCGCAGCAGUGAAGCUGCUCUACCUGUAUGCGCAGCAGUGAAGCUGCUCUGCCUGCAGGCGCAGCAGUGAAGCUGCUCUGCCUGCAGGCGCAGCAGUGAAGCUGCUCUGCCUGCAGGCGCAGCAGUGAAGCUGCUCUACCUGUAUGCGCAGCAGUGAAGCUGCUCUGCCUGCAUGCGCAGCAGUGAAGCUGCUCUGCCUGCAUGCGCAGCAGUGAAGCUGCUCUGCCUGCAGGCGCAGCAGUGAAGCUGCUCUGCCUGCAGGCGCAGCAGUGAAGCUGCUCUGCCUGCAGGCGCAGCAGUGAAGCUGCUCUGCCUGCAUGCGCAGCAGUGAAGCUGCUCUGCCUGCAGGCGCAGCAGUGAAGCUGCUCUGCCUGUAUGCGCAGCAGUGAAGCUGCUCUGCCUGCAUGCGCAGCAGUGAAGCUGCUCUGCCUGCAGGCGCAGCAGUGAAGCUGCUCUGCCUGCAGGCGCAGCAGUGAAGCUGCUCUGCCUGCAGGCGCAGCAGUGAAGCUGCUCUGCCUGCAGGCGCAGCAGUGAAGCUGCUCUGCCUGUAUGCGCAGCAUUGAAGCUGCUCUGCCUGCAGGCGCAGCAGUGAAGCUGCUCUGCCUGCAGGCGCAGCAGUGAAGCUGCUCUGCCUGUAUGCGCAGCAUUGAAGCUGCUCUGCCUGCAUGCGCAGCAGUGAAGCUGCUCUGCCUGCAUGCGCAGCAGUGAAGCUGCUCUGCCUGCAUGCGCAGCAGUGAAGCCUUAUUCUGUAGAUGUUGCAUUUUAUUGUACAUAUUAUGUUUAGUUUUUUACCAAAUGGUGCUUUUUAAAAUCCUGUAAUAACAGAAAGUUUAUAGAUGUGUUUCUUGUUCUCCUACAAAUAAAAAGUGAAUGUUGGCUCAUAGA